AUCAGGCAAAUACACGCGCAACACUAAUUUUGUGCAGAAGAUAAGCACCAGUUUUUUUUCCUAAAGUGAUCGUAGAAAGACUUGAAUAAAGAGACUCAUAAACUCGUGUACGUAUUUUUUUUAUAGACCGACAGAAUUCACUCUGAGAAGGAAAUUGCUUCAGUGUGACAUCGCUUGCGUAAGUAACAGAAAUUGCGUGCACGACUAUCACGGAAGUCUCGAAACGUGCUGUUGUCAUUUCUUAUUAACGGGACAAAAAGUAAACGGGUGCUAAUUAUAUUAGCGGAUCCAAAAGCAUAACCGAUCAGGAUCGUAAGAAGUUAAUUAUGGCUACCGAGGGAGACCCAACUGACUUUGUGAAAGUGCUUCACCUUCUGGUGAUUUCCUUCACCUGGGGAAUGCAGGUGUGGGUGUCUUUCAUAGCAGGUUUUGUGCUGAUUUCCCAGGUAUCCAUGCACACGUUCGGUCUUGUGCAAAGCAAGUUAUUCCCAUUUUAUUUCUACUGUCUGCUGGGUGCUAAUGCAGUCAGUCUGGCCAUAUAUGCGGUGUACCACCCUAGAGAACUGCUGGACUGGCAUGAGGGCCUACAGAUGAUUUUGUUCUUUGUGGCCGUGAUCAUGGCUGGUCUGAACGCGCAGUGGUUUGGUCCGUCUGCCACGGAGUGCAUGCUGGUCAUGCAGGAGAUCGAGAAGGAACACGGUCUGGGGAAUCAGGUGGGUAUGAGCUCCAAUAAGGAAGGAUACACCAAACUCCGUGAACAGGACCCAAAAUACAAGGAGCACAGGGCCACCUUCUACCGCUACCAUGGUCUCUCCAACCUCUGCAACCUUAUAGGCUUUUUCUCCACUACCAUCAAUCUCAUUUACCUGGCCCUCCAUUUGGGAACUAUAUGAGUGUGUUUAUGAGAAAGAGUCCAGUCAGACAGGUAUUUUUAGAGAAAUGUCCUGUGCAUGUUCUCUUUUUCUGUCAGAAUGUUUUGUAUAACAAUAAUGCUUCUAGUUUUUAUACAACAAGAGUUUUUAGUGUUAAAAGAACCAAGUUCAGAACCAUUGAAAUGAGUUGAAUUUGUAUUCACACUGUCCCUAAAAGUGGACUCAGAUCUCAAUUUAGUCAGUUUUACAGUAUUUGUGACCAGGUUUCAGUCAAUUUUAGCCCAAUUUGUCCAUGACUUUCCUUUGAAAUCUUUCUAUAUGAGGAACAAUUCUUGUGAAUCACUCUCAGACGAUGUAUGUAAACAUGCCCAGCCAUAUUAAAUGAUAUUAUUAUGGAUGUUAACAGUAUUUCUCCGUACUUUAAAAUGCUUCAAAGUGGGUAAUUGCAAUGAAUCUUUUGUUUAUAAUAAACAGACUGUCUGCUUAAACAGGCAUUAGUGAUUAUAUAGCAGUUUGAUUGUUUAAACAAUGUGUUGUAAUUUGUUGUUUGUAUCUGCUUUGGCCUUAAUGCUUCACAGUGUGAACAUCACAUAUAUUUUCCCACUAGAGGGCUGGUUCUGGAAAGGCUUUUGGAGAGGACCAGUUUUAGAAUUGUCAAUCAUAAAAUGCUGUUUACAUUUCCUAUAUAAUGAAUGACACUAAAAUGGCAAUUAAACUCUGUGGAAAAGAAAUGAAUAGUGGCUGAACCUUGGAUCGUCUUUGUAAGCAUGAUGUUUGAACAGCAAAAUAAAUGUCCUUUUAUCACUGGACAUGGAGGAUGGAGGUUGAAGAUCGAGUGACAUGCAAAUGUGAUUUUGUUGAUUUUUAUUAUUAUUUUAUUUUUUUGUUUGUUUGCAUAUUCAAGUCUUUGCUAUGAAGAUCUGUUGAGUUACUAUUUUAUCUUUAGUGUUCCAUUUUUUAAAUCACCAUUUUCCCUUUUAAUUAUAAGAAUGUAAAAGUUAUUUGUGUGUGUUUGUGUACAUUGCAAACUGACAGUUUUUUCUUUAAUUUAUUCUGAACAAGCAUUUAUUCAGUUAAAGAAAUAUCGAACACCUAUGUAUGUUGAGUUUCAAUUAAAAAAUAAAUACAGUUUAUUCUA